ACAUUUCUGUUGUUGUUGCGUCGGAGUUCGGACGUGCCUGUCCGUGUCGCUCGCGAAAAGAUUUAUUUAAUACUUUCCAUCAACUUGCACAAACCGGAACUUGCUGAAAAUUAGGCAAGUCAGUUGUUAAUUGUGCUCGUUAUGCAAAAACAAUAAGCAUUAACUGCUGUGCGCGUAAAAGCAACGCGCAAAUAAUUUAAAUUCUAUGCUUAGUCAACGUAAUAAUACAAAAAAACAACAAUAAAAAAGCAGCAUACAAAUUAUUGAAAUAAAAAUAAAAAAAGAAAAACAACAGAAAAGUGUCGGCUCAGUGUGCGUAUAUGUGUGCGUGCGUGUGUUGGUGUGCAUAGCCUGCAUAGCAGUGUGUGUGUGUGUUUGUGUCAAGUAGCAUCAGCAGUCGCCGCCGCCGCCGUCGUCGCAGCGGGCAGAAUAACAAAAAAUAGCAAAUCAAAAUGGCGCACCAGCAGCAACAGCAACAACAACUGGCACAAUCGGUGAAUUGUUCAUUGGAUGAUAUCGAUUUGACGGCACUAAAGGAUCCGGCUGGCAUCUUUGAGCUCAUCGAGGUCGUUGGCAAUGGCACCUACGGCCAGGUCUAUAAGGGCCGUCAUACAAAAACUGGUCAGUUGGCUGCCAUAAAGGUGAUGGACGUCACCGAGGACGAGGAGGAGGAAAUAAAGCUGGAAAUCAAUGUGCUUAAGAAAUACUCAAAUCAUCGCAACAUUGCCACCUAUUAUGGUGCAUUCAUUAAAAAAUCGCCACCCGGCAAAGACGAUCAACUCUGGCUGGUUAUGGAAUAUUGUGGUGCUGGUUCCGUUACCGAUCUGGUCAAGUCGACCAAGGGUCAGAGCCUCAAGGAGGAAUGGAUCGCAUACAUUUGCCGUGAAAUUUUGCGCGGCCUCAGCUAUUUGCAUUCGAACAAAGUCAUCCAUCGCGACAUCAAGGGCCAGAAUGUGCUGCUCACCGACAAUGCCGAGGUUAAGCUUGUCGAUUUUGGUGUCUCCGCGCAGCUGGAUCGCACGAUAGGCAGACGCAACACGUUCAUUGGUACACCCUAUUGGAUGGCGCCAGAGGUCAUUGCCUGUGAUGAGAAUCCCGAAGCCACGUACGACAAUCGCUCGGAUUUGUGGUCUCUGGGCAUUACGGCACUGGAAAUGGCUGAGUCACAGCCGCCGCUCUGCGAUUUGCAUCCGAUGCGUGCACUUUUCUUAAUACCGCGCAAUUCGCCGCCGCGUCUCAAAUCCAAGAAAUGGUCCAAGAAGUUUCACGGCUUCAUUGACACGGUGCUAGUGAAGGACUAUCACCAGCGGCCUUACACCGAGAAUCUGCUGAAGCAUGCAUUCAUUAAGGAUCAGCCGACGGAUCGGCAGGUGCGCAUACAGCUCAAGGAUCACAUCGAUCGCUGCAAGAAACGCAAGCAGGAGAAGGAGCGCGAAGAUUAUCGCUACUCCGGCUCCGACAACGAUGACGAUGAGCCCCAGCUGGCCGGCGAGCCCAGCUCCAUCAUACAGGCGCCCGGCGGCGAUACAUUGCGUCGCAAUUUCCAGCAAAUCCAGGAGGGACGCCUAGCCGCCGAACAGCAACAGCAGCACCAUCAGCUGCUCGCCCAGGCGCAGGCACAGGCCGCUGCCGCGCAUGCCGCCGCCCAGGCGCAGCUGCAUCAGCAGCAACAGCAGGCGGCGGCCGCAGCCGCCGCUGCGGCCCAUGCAGCCCAACAGGCGCAGGUGGCCCAACAGCAGCAGCAGCAGCAACAGGCGCAGGCCCAACAGCCGCAGGCCAAUCGCCAACAGAAACCACCAUCGCGCCAGCAAAUCGAGGAGCCGGGUCCGCCGGCACGGCCACAAUUGCCGCAGCGUCUGAUUGUGGUGCCAGAUCCACCGCACGCCAAUCGGCCAUUGCCACCGACACCCAAGUGCGGCGAGCCAGUGGCUCAAACGCCGCCACAACAGCAGCAGCAGCAGCGCAGCUCACAGAACAAUUUCAAGCCAUCGUUACCACCAAGGAGACCUGAGGAUCAUUUGGAUGUGUUAGCAGCACAAUUAAAUGAAUUGGGCGUGGUCUCCUCCCAACAGCCGCAGCCACAGACAGCAGCAGGCGGUGGACAAUUGCAGCAGCAGGCACAGCCGGAGGCGCCGCCGCGCAGCAAUCGACAAUCGGGCGCAUCCGCCGGCAACGGGGCCAUCUGUGUCUCGGCCUCAUCCUCGUCCGCUUCGAAGCCGGCGGCUGCAUUGCCACAGCAGGCGAACAAUCAUCUGGGACAGCCCGUCAAUCCCCUGGAUCCGCUCGAUAGCAGCGACUCGGACAGCGAACCGGAUGAGCCCAACGAUCGGGCACGCAACGAUGGCACGCUUCUGGCCAGCGAUCCGCCCAAGCCGUUACCCGAAUUUUCAUAUAGGCCCGGCCUGGGACCCGUCUCCGAGGACACAACAACAACAACGACCACACCGCUGACCCACGGCAGCGGCGGACCCCCGAAUCGACCCUUGCCACCGACACCGGACGACGACGAUCAGGCCGGAGAUCGUACGCUGAUCAUGAAGCGCAAAUUAGAACAAAACAUAAACCGCUUACAAAAAUCGGCAUCCACAUCGCAUGCGCCAAAGCGAGCUGAAGACGCGAAGCUUUUACGCGAUUGGGACUUAGAUAAAUUCGUUUCCAAGAAAGUAAACGGCGGCGGCGGCGGCGGCGGCGGCGCUAGCAGCAGCAGCGGCAGCGGCAGUAGCAGCACAGCCAGCCUCAGUCGCAGCUCGUUUUUGAGCACGCUGAAGGUGGAGGCGAAGCUGCAGCGCGCCAGCGUCGCCGAGCCGAUAGCACGGCCCGUGCCCAAAGGCUUUCAGCCGCUUAAAGGCGCCAGUUCGUCGACUGGCGUCAGCAUUGCCAAAGAGCGCAGCAGCAGCAGCAACAACUCAACGCAGCCGCAGCAGCACAAGCGCCAGGAAUCCGACUCCAAGUUGCCGAGCUUUGUGCGCGGCUUUCGACGCGAGAAUUCAGACUUUUUCCCGUUAACGAAGCGACACUCGGCGGUGCUCAGCGGCGGCGGCGGCGGCGGCGGCGGCGGCACUUCUGCCAGCAGCAGCAGCGGCAACAAUGCUCAGCUGCAGUCGCCGCAGCUAGUGCAAGCGCAGCGCGCCAGUGCCAUGUACCAAAGGAACAGCAUUUACAACAGUAGCAGCGGCAGCAAGGAGAGCAGCGCAGCCGCAGUCGCAGCUGCUGCUGCUUCUGCUACUACUACUGCUGCUGCUAAUAAGACCAAAGCGACGUCCACUGCCAGCAAGACAACUACAAAAACAGCAGCAGCAGGCGGCGCAGCAGCUGGCGUCGCAGCGCCGACCAAGUCCAGUUGGGCCAAUUUAGAUUUUCUGCGUCCGCGUCGCGAAAAGACUGAGUCUGUCAUUGUGCUGCACAAUGCAGCGGCGCGUGCGCAGCAGCAGCAGCAACAACAACAACAACAACAGCAACAACAACAUCAGCAGCAGCAGCAGCAGAAUCGCGGCGUAGCCGUAACUGGCUCCGGCGGGGACAACGGCGGACUGGGCACCCCCGGCACCCGGACCAGCAGCGUUCUGCCCGAUCUGCUCAGCCAGGCCUCGCCGGCGACGCCUCCGCGUCACGAUAAAUCAUCCAGUGAGGAGUAUCAAGCGGCCAUUAGUUCAUCCGUGCAUUCCACGCCAUCGAAAUCGUUUAUCGCUAGCAGCAGCAGCGGCAGCGGCAGCGGCAGCAGCAGCGCUGCAGGCGUCGCCGUCGGCAUUGGCGGCCAUGGUCAUGGCGGCGGCAGUGUUGUCGGUGGCAUAAUUAUUAGUGCUAAUAAUUCACCACAGUCAACCAUAUCGCUGGCCUCGUCCACAUCGAAUUCGCGACAAAAUUCGCCAAAGAAUUCGAUUAGUAAAACGCGUUCUUCCAGCAGUAUUACUAAUUUAUUGCAUAAAUCUGCUUCUUCCUCUUCUGCGAACAUUCUACACCUGUCACCAACCUGUUCCGGCACUGGCAACGCCAACAACGCCAACAACGCCAACAACAAUAUCGCCACAUCGAACGCCCACUUGCCACCGCAUGCGUACGCGCUGCAACAGAAACAACGCAGCUUUCUCACCUUUGGCUUUGGCGCCGGCGGUUCCGGUCCGACACGUCGCGAAUCCACGGUCAAUGUAAAUGUGACGCCCACCUCGCACGAGGCGGCCAAUGAUACGCCCGAAAUCCGUAAGUAUAAGAAGCGUUUCAACUCGGAAAUACUGUGCGCCGCACUCUGGGGCGUCAAUUUGCUGAUCGGCACCGAGAAUGGACUCAUGCUGCUCGAUCGUUCCGGCCAGGGCAAGGUCUAUCAGCUGAUCUCGCGUCGUCGUUUCCAGCAAAUGGAGGUGCUAGAGGGUCAGAACAUAUUGGUUACCAUAUCGGGCAAAAAGAAUCGCGUGCGUGUCUAUUAUUUAUCCUGGCUGAAGUCCAAGAUCUUGCGCACCGACGGACUCUCCGAUCAAGUGGAGCGUCGCAACGGCUGGAUAAAUGUGGGUGAUCUACAAGGUGCUGUACAUUUUAAGAUUGUCAAAUACGAGAGGAUUAAGUUCCUAGUGAUUGCAUUAAAAGACUCAAUUGAAAUUUAUGCAUGGGCGCCCAAACCAUAUCACAAAUUUAUGGCAUUUAAGAAUUUUGGUGAACUGGAACAUCGCCCCCUUUUGGUCGAUCUCACAAUUGAGGAUCAGUCGAGACUGAAAGUGAUUUAUGGUUCCGCUGAGGGUUUCCAUGCGGUUGAUUUAGAUUCAGCUGAAGUAUACGAUAUAUAUCUUCCUAAGCAUACUCAGGGUGCAAUCAUUCCCCAUUGUAUUGUGGCGCUUCCAAAUUCAAAUGGCAUGCAGCUCCUUCUCUGCUAUGACAACGAAGGCGUCUAUGUGAACACUGCCGGUCGUGUAUCCAAGAAUAUUGUGCUGCAGUGGGGCGAAAUGCCCACCUCGGUGGCCUACAUAGGCACGGGACAAAUCAUGGGCUGGGGCAAUAAGGCAAUAGAGAUACGUUCCGUGGAGAGCGGCCAUUUGGAUGGUGUGUUUAUGCACAAGAAGGCGCAACGCUUGAAAUUCCUUUGCGAGCGCAAUGACAAAGUAUUCUUCAGCAGUGCCAAAGGUGCUUCAUCGUGUCAAAUCUAUUUCAUGACGCUCAACAAGCCGGGCAUGGCCAAUUGGUAGAGCCGCACAUCCUUCCGCAAACCGUUUCUUUUGGCAACAUUCAAUAUUCAAAAUAACAACAAACAUUUUCUAAUUAUUUUACCAACAAGCUUGCAAAACAACAACAAAAUAUCUAAAGAUAUCACACACACACACACACACACACACACACACACAGAGAAGAACAUUAAAUCGUUUAAGUAAAAAGUGCAUAAGUUCUAAUGAGAAUUAGAUUUUCCUAUAACACACACACUCUCACACACACACACACACUCGUAAAGAUGUGCUUAUGAAAGCAAAGGAAACGUUUCAAUUAGUAAAUGUGCUAUAAAAAGUUAAUCUUCAAUUGAGUGCACAAUUUUAGGCGAGCGUUAAGCAAUGUAUUUAAUAAAAAAACAAAAAAAACAACAACAAAGAUAGAGAAGAAAGCGGCAAGGAAAACAGAAUAAAAGAAAAACCAAACAAUUUUCCAAGCUCACUCGUCGAGGUUUUUCAUUUUUGCGCCCGCCCAAUUCAUGUUUUGAUUAAAAAAAAACAAAACAAAAUACAACACAUGCAUAUGUAUUAUAAGGAUUACAUAAAUAAAAUCUAAGAGAACAAAAUGAGAAUACGCAGUUAAUUUGUACACAAUGCACAUAUAUAAAAAAAAAAGAGAACAAUUUCAUUUCAAAUGUGAAUUUAGAAUUGUGUGCAUAUUGUUUUUCUACUUAAUAUAUAUUAUUUGCCUACAACUUCCUUUUUAAGCGAAAUCAAGAAAAUAAUUAAAAUCAAUUGCAAUUAGAAUUUUCUGUUGACAAAAUCUGUUUGCGAACUAUUUGCAAUAACUUUUAUCAAUUUAUAUAAAUCAUAAACAAAUGUCUCUGUUUGCUCAGUUUUUAUGAAAAGUAAAAAAACAAAAACAAAUAUUAAAAAGCGCCAUUGUAAAAACUAAGUGAUAAACAAAAGCAAGUAAAUAAUAUUAUAGAGAGCUGAACAAAAAAAAAAAAAAAAAAACAAAAACAAAAUGUUAUAAGCAAAAGUCGCAACAAUUAUAAUUGAGGAGAAUAUGUGUACAAUAAAAGGAAAAACGAAAAGAAAAACGAAAACGAAAACAAACCGAAAGCAACACAAACAACACACAAUUUUGAUUGAUCGAUUGAUCGAUUGAUUGAUUGAUCAUAUUUGAAAGACAACUGAACUUAGCUUGAUAACAAGAUUGGAGGAAAUUCGAUGAACCUAGUUAAGCUGCAUUUUUUACUGAACUUUUAUACAGAACCUUAAAAAAAAAAACAAAAGAUGAAUCAAACAUGAUACGAAAUUCUAUAAAAAGCUAGCAUAUAAAAUUGAUAAAAAGCAAAAACAAAACAAAAACUCAAUUAGCAAGGAAAUCUGCUUCGUGUGCUGUGCAUCAAUUUCUAUGUGUUUGUUUUUCUUUUUUUUUUCCUUUAUUUGUGUGUGGAGAAUUUUUUAAAGCUUAAUUAUUUAAUGGCUACGUUGCAAUAUACAAACACACACACACACACAGAGAGAGAGAAACACGUACAUAUGUCAAAUUAAGCUGGCAGUUAAUGCUAAACAAAAAAAAAACUUAUGAAUUAUUCUUGCUUGUUUUGUGUUGUUUUCACAUGUGCGUCCCUUCCAAGCAAAGCGAAUGAAAAUGAAAUUGAAAGAGAAAUAUUUAAAAUAUUGUUUGUUUAUUUUUGUGUUAUAAGACAAUGGAAAAUGAAAUAAAUGUAUACCCCGUGUCCCCCAUAUUUAAUAAUGUUCUUUAAACAAAAUGCACUAAACUGCAAUUAAAAACAAAGCAAAAAACAAAAAAAAAAAACCGAAUUAGUAAUAAAAUGCUUACUUUAUUUCAAAAA